CUUUUGCCACAAGGUGACCGACAGCGUCGUGGCUUGUAUCGCAAAGCACAUGCCGCUGCUCGAAGACGUCAAUCUGCGCUACUGCUACAAGAUGACGAACGCUGCCGUCUCGGCGCUCUGUGCGGGCACGCCCAAGCUCCGGAGCUUGAACUUGUCGCAGUGCUGGCGACUCACAGACGCGGCAAUCUGGGAGCUCGCCAAAUCGCUCUCGUUGCUAAAAGAGCUCCGGCUCUGGGGCUGCAUGAAGCUCACGUCGGCAUCCGUCGUCGCGUGCUUGACCCUGCCGAGCCUGGCGCUUGUCGACAUUCGCAGCCGCGACAAGCUCGAGGCGGUCAUUGGAGGCUUCUCGACAGUCAAACACGUCAUGGAGAGCCAUCGGUCGACGUUGCUCAAGUGGGAGCAGAGCGGCGACAAGGUCGGCGUCUUCCACCGCAAGGCCUUUGUGCCCCAGCGUGCUCAAGUGCUCCAGCGCUGCUAAGGUGAUGCAGCAUCAUUGACCGGCUUGCAAUCGGCCAUAUGCCCUGUGUAUUCUCGAUGGAUAACACAAAUUCAUGUCAUCUUGCAUAU